AAGAUGCAUAAUUUAAUUGGGUAAUAAUUAAUAGGUCCAUAGUUUAAAAGAAAUACAUCAAUAUCAUUAGGCUUUUGUUUAAUGUCAGGGGUUGUAUAAAGGAAAAAUAAAUUGAUUUAGUUGAUGUUGUAAGUGAUGUCUAUUGUACAUAGGAAGUGACUGUUGCUGUUAUGCUUCAUAUGGGGGUUUUUCCGAAACUGUAUGGUGUGUUUCUGACUUUCAGCUCCAGGAAGAACCUCUGAGUCUCCUGAGGAUCACCGAGAUAUUUAGAAGAUGACUGUCACAUUUCAUAUUUGAAAGAAAAUAUGCACCGAAAUGAAAAUCUCAGCUUAUACCACAUUCCAUUUCAUUCUCUCUGUCCUUAUUCACUUUGGUGGGUCAGUGUUUUGUUUUUGUUUCAUAAAACAUAAACAUCAAGCUGAGAGAAGGUACGCCUUAAGUGAACUCGUAGUCUUGCUCAUACACUCUCACAAGAGCGGCCAUAUGUAAAGAUGGACAGUAUGUAUGUAAUUAUUAGUUGUAGGGGUGCCAAUAUUUUUUUUUUUGCAACCACCGAAAUUAUUUAAGAAACUUUCGGAUACUGGUUUUUAAAUAAAACUAUACAGCACCACUGCAUGUUUAAGCGCUUAUUUUUCCUUAAUGCAUAUAUAUAUUCAUAUUUUUACUGCUGAUAAUUCAAUGCUAACAAUGCUGCAGCAGUCGCUAUGGAGGAAGUCCCCAUGGUUACUGUUGUUUACCCAUAAUGCAUCACGGGCAGGCUAACAGCUCUGGGACAUGCUAAAUCUUGAGAAUUUAAUCUCUAGAAGAAACAGCCCUCAGCCACAAGAUGGAUAAAGAACAGCGGAAUAUUGUCGUUUUUAAUUCGUCUAAAAGAGAGCUGUUUACUGCCAACUCCGGCUACAAGAGUCUUCAGAAGAGACUGAGGGCGCAGUGGAAGAUUCAGGGCAUCAAAGAGGAGAUCACAGCCGAGAAACUGCACGGUGUGAAGCUGUGGAUCACCGCAGGUCCUCGAGAGAAGUUCACUGAAGCAGAGCUGCAAGUCCUGAAGCAGUAUCUGGACGGUGGCGGAAAUGUUCUCGCGAUGCUCGGAGAAGGCGGAGAAGUGAAAUACGACACUAACAUCAACUUCCUCCUGGAAGAGUUUGGUAUCAUGGUGAACAGCGAUGCUGUAGUGAGAAACGUUUACUACAAAUACUUCCAUCCCAAAGAGGCGCUCGUGUCCAACGGGAUUCUCAACAGAGAGAUCAGCCGAGCAGCCGGCAAAGUGGUAACGGGAGUCAUCGAUGAUGAAAGUCCAGGGAACAAUACGCACAGCAACAGAAACAUUACAAGGGCUCUGACGUUCGUGUACCCGUACGGAGCUACGCUGAGCGUUAUGAAGCCUGCAGUGGCGGUUCUGUCCACCGGUUCCGUGUGCUUCCCUCUCAACAGACCCGUUCUGGCCUUCUCAAAGGUCGAGAAGAAUGCAGGCAAGCUGGCAGUUCUGGGUUCAUGCCACAUGUUCAGCGAUCAAUACCUGGACAAGGAGGAGAACAGUAAAAUAAUGGAUGUUGUGUUCCAGUGGCUGACUACCGACAACAUUCACCUGAAUCAAAUAGAUGCCGAAGAUCCCGAGAUCGCAGACUACACCAUGUUACCAGACACAGGAUACCUGUCUGAGAGACUCCGAGUGUGUCUACAGGAAGGCGAGGAGAACCCACGCGACUUCACCUCCCUCUUCGACAUGUCUCUCUUUAGGCUGUCCACAGACUCCCUCCCGAGCGUUAUCAGGGCCUACAAGCAGCUGCAUGUCAAACACGAGCCGCUGCAGUUGAUUACGCCUCAGUUUGAAACGCCGCUGCCGCCUCUGCAGCCUGCAGUUUUCCAGCCAGCCUUUAGGGACCUGCCCCCACCGAUGCUCGACCUUUUUGACCUCGACGAGACAUUUUCUUCAGAGAAAGUGCGACUUGCUCAGCUGUCAAACAAAUGCACUGAUGAUGAUCUCGAGUUUUACGUGCGGAAAUGUGGAGACAUCUUAGGAGUCACGGGAAAGCUGGAUAAAGAAAAGCGAGACGCCAAGCACAUCCUCGAACACAUCUUCUUUCAGGUGGUGGAGUUUAAAAAGCUGAAUCAGGAGCAUGAUAUCGACACAGCACAGACGAGGUUUUCGCCAUGCUGAAGCAGGAAGUUAGGGGACGAUGGAGGGCCGAGGGUUGAACAGCAUUAUGUGUUUAAAUGUCUCAGGGUGAAACAGACUGAUCUGGGAACAGUUACUCCAUUAACGAAAUAUUUCAACACUAAUUAACAACAUUCACAGGUACCAAAUGUUAGUUUUGAAAACGAUUUCUACUUUCCUUUUUCGCUUUGUAAAAAAGUAAAUUGCAUUGUUGUGUUUUUUUUUUUUUUUUUUUUUUAAAUCAAACUACUACUGGAUUUGUAUUUAAUCAUUUAUCAUUAUUUUGUGCACACAUGUUUAAUAAUGAGAUGUUCACAGGGAAAGAAAACUCCAAAGGAGGAGUUAUAUCUGGAAAAUGUGUAGACAAUCUGGCACACAUUACAACAGGCAACGUGACAAUACUAUUGAUGUAAUUCUGGUAUCAUAUUAUCCCAGCUAACAUAAGUGCUGCUAUGACAAUAAUUCCAGUCACAAGUACAUAAUUGGUGAAAAUAAUCAUUUCACUUCCUUUUCCUUGUUUACUUAUUAGAUGAUUAACACUUCGGGAUAUGUGUUUAUUGGAAAAUAAGCACCGUGGGGGCACUAACAGUAACUCUGCCUCAUCACACCACACCAUCAUUGAUUAUUUUCCUUUAACAGCAUGUCCGGAAGUGUUUUAUUCCUCUCAUACAACAACAGUUACAGUUUCUGUUUAUUAAAGAACAUUUUGUAUGUUUCGUCCAUUUAUAAUUAAUGAAGCAAAUUAGUUAUCACAUCAUAGCAGCUAUAAACAACUGUUCCUUCACCAGCCUCUUUUUUUUUCCCCCUCCUCUCUUUCUUGACACCAAUAGGCUUAUAAGGGGGAAAAAAAAUUAAUAAAAUAAUCACAUAAAAAAAUGUCACACAACUGAGCAGGCGAUCUGUCAUGAAGACUAUCCUGUGGCGGAAAACUUAAAGGAACGGAUUUGCCUCAAAGCGCCGACACUGAUUCAGCUCUUCUUUGAUAAAAUCUUACACAAAAGCUUUACCAGAGAAACAUCUCUAUAUUUUUUUUGUUGUUGAAUCACUUUGUUUGAGCAUCCGCCAUACAAGCCCCUGUGAACGAGUUGUUGCUAUAGUGACGAUAACAUUAGAAAGAAUGCAUAAAUGUAAACCUUGCAGCCGGCACUAUUGUCAGAGCUGCUGUUAUAGAACAUGAAUCAACACCUUCUGACCAAUCAGAUAUGAGAAUUCAACAGUACAGUGAUAUAAAUUAGAUUUCUAUAACACGACACUACUCUUUUGCUGGUCUUGCAGAUGUGUAUUGUGAUCAUCUCCAGGUUUGCACCCAUCCUUGGAGAGCUUUGAGCAGGCUGUCUAUGAUUUUAACUUGCUAUACUGCAGUGUUUAGAAAAUGUUAUUUUGAAUAAAGCGUUUUCUACAGUU